AUGGCUGCCGAAAGCAUGGACGAACUGUUGAGCAGGUAUGUGUAUGUUUUUGCAGACGAAGACUAUCUCCGAGCGGUGGUUCCAGAUGAAAAGAAAUUCCUCAAACGUGAGACGGCCAUUAUGAUGAUCGGGGAGGAGCAACCCAAGAAGGUGGACGGGAAGGUUAUGGUUGAUAUUGGCAGCUUGAGCAACAUGGCGGGCAUUUAG